AUGUCUCGUUACGCUGCAGAUCACAUAGAUCCCCAAGGCCCACAGGAUGCUCGGCCUAAUGCUCUACAAAUCAUCAAAGACGAGGGGAUGGAAGGAAAGCUGGUCGGUAAAGUGGCUGUUAUCACUGGAGUGAGUUCCGGCCUUGGCAUCGAAACCACCAAAGCCCUCGCAUCGACGGGCGCAAGACUAUACUUGACCGCGAGAGACUUGGAUAAAGCAAAGGCAGCUCUCGGCGAUGCUUUCGACAACACAUUCAUGGAGCUGGAUCACAUGGAUCACACCUCUCUUGAUAGCGUACGAAACGCCGCCGCCGCCAUUCUCACAAAAACAAGCCAAAUCAGCAUCCUUGUCGCUAAUGCUGGGGUUAUGGCAAUUCCAGACUGCCAGCUUACCGACCAAGGGCAUGAGCUACAAUUUGUGACUAACCAUCUCGCACAUUUCCUGCUGUUCGAGCUCCUCAAGCCGGCUCUUUUGGCGGGCUCGUCGCAGAUAUUCCAAUCUCGCGUGGUCAUGGUAUCAUCUGCGGGGCAUCGACUGCAUGGAAUCGAGCCCGCUGACAAUUAUCACUUCCAGAAAGGUGGAUAUGAGGCUUGGGUUGCAUAUGCCCAGUCGAAGACUGCCAAUAUCUACAUGGCCAACGAGAUUGAGCGUCGUUAUGGAACUCGCGGGCUGCAUGCGACAAGUCUGAACCCUGGAUUUAUCGCUACUGGUCUUGGUAAAUACCUUCCCGAAGAGACAAUCAAAGGAAUGUUGAACAAUACGACUCUGAUGAAGGCCCAGAAAAGCAUCGAGCAGGGGGCUGCAACGACUGUUUGGGCUGCUCUUUCCAGGGAACUGGAAGGCAAAGGUGGCUUGUACUUGAAUGACUGUGCGGUGGCCGAUUACGGCGAGUAUGAUGAAGACCCCAUCAACGGGAAGUCUGUAGACCAUACAUUUAGCUCAGAAGAGGAAGCUAGACUCUGGAAAGAUUCAUUGGAGAUGGUAGGAUUGUCGGAAGAUCGGUAA